AUGUCGUUCCAAGACAAGGCGCAGCAUCAGAUCUCGCAGAUCGAUAAGGAACUCUCCAAGUAUCCCAUGCUCAACAAUUUCGAGAAACAGACCAAUGUUCCCAAGGUCUACGCUUUCCUUGGCCUGAUCGGCCUCUACUUCUUCCUCGUCUUCUUUAACAUUGGAGGCGAGUUCCUCGUCAACUUCGCCGGCUUCAUCAUUCCGGGAUACUACUCUCUCGAAGCUCUGUUCAGUAGCAAUAAAGUUGAUGAUACGCAAUGGUUGACGUAUUGGGUCGUGUACGCCUUUCUUACUGUUCUUGAGAGCAUGGUCAAUGCCGUCUACUGGUUCCCAUUCUACUACGUCUUCAAGUUCAUCCUAAUCUUGUGGAUGGCCCUUCCUAUGACCAACGGCGCUCAGAUCGUCUUCAGAUCUCUCCUCCACCCGAUUUUCUCCCGUUUCUUCCAACAGCCACCAGCCUCCACCUCUGCCGAUGUCCGAGGCAAGGCCGACGCUGCUUUGAAAAGCCAGUAA